AUGGUCCUGGCUGCUUUCUUCCAUGUUCCGAUCUACCUGCCCAGUCGCUUCGGAUUGCAAAGCGAUGCAUCACUGGUGCGCAUGCCGGAGCGCUGCACUCCGCUGGUGGAGAGUGCCUACAAUGACGUCGUGCGGACGAUGCAGAAGUACUGGGGUGCGAGUGCGGCUGCAGAGCCGGCAGUGGCAGCGUCGUCCUCGUCCUCGACCUCGGGCCUGGACGGCGCACCUAGACUUCCGAAUUCAGAAGUGGCUGAGAGGAUGAGUUCUUCGGAGUCGGAGUUAGUUCGCAGUCUUGAGGAAUUGCCCUUGCCAUGUCGACUGUCUCUUUGCUGUGACUGUGUCCCAGUCUCCAGUCUCAGGUCUUGGCAAGGAUCCAGACUGAAGCCCCUCACAUUUACGCGACGUUUUACCCCAUGA